AAAGGUGCGAGCGCUAUUGAUCAGUCAGAACGCAAAGACAGCGUGCACAAGGCUACUCCGUCGCGACAGAAACGUGGAUAUCUGGACAAAGAUUUCUGGGAGUCUUUCCACUCGGGGUACGAGCAACCGCUAAUUUUUACUUCCAUGGAUAUGACCAACGUGAAACCAAGUGAUAAUGGCGGCAAGUUUCGUAUAGAAAAGGAGGACUCGCGGAAGAAGGGCGCAAAUAAUACAGCCCUCGAUAUCAGAGAAACGGAUUCGUCGAAGGAGUACAAGAAAACUACUCAAAGAAAAAGAGGAACGACAUAGAUAGAAAUAAUAUGGAUAUCGACCUUUUGAAACUAAGUAAUUCUCUGUGGAAAAGGGAGACUCCAAAGACGUCGAAUAUUUCGAAAAUCUCUACGAGUCAAAAUCCACUCGCGGUAGAAGAGGAGCCAAUAACAGGGAAAAACGAAGUGGAGGACGAGGUAAUAUUGCUCAAUAAACGGCAAGCAUGGAAAAGAGAAAACGAGGAGCAAUUGGAAGAAGUUGCCUUCGGCGAGGACAUGAGAAAAGGGUUGAAGGACAAAGAAUUGUUCGAGAAACUGACCGAGAUAGAUAAGGAGAAGAGCUUAUCGGGGUCGGAUGCUGAGAAUAAACGAAAAGAUGGGAACGCGGAGACGAAUGUUUCGCCUAUUAGUUCGAACACGCGGCGAGACAAUGAUCUCGAGAUAAAAUACGAGGAUUGCGUUUCAUGCAACCGAAACAGUAAUGAUAGUUUAUCGGAGGAGGACAAGCUGAGGAUUCUCGAAGAAAGGAUAAACGUUUAUUCGGAUCGAUGAAAUUCUCCGCGCGAUAGCAAGGAUCGAAAGAAGAAAAAAUCCUCUAUCCUGCGGAUUUGAUUUCACCCAUUUAUACAUUCACGACUCGAUUAAGAAUUAUUAUGAACCAUAAAUGACUAAAUUUGCGAGAAUCGGUAGAUUAGGGUACAUCGCACGCAAAUCAAGUUCUCGAUGAGCUUCAUCGAAAAGUUUCACGGUAAACCACAGCAAGGAUAGUCUCAAGGAAUGCCGAACAUCUUCAGAGGUAAUCAAACUUUCAACCGAUCGGAAGAGAGAAAACAGAUCAACUAGUACGAGCACAAAGACGGAGUCGAGAGAAAGCGAUGAUCGAUCUUUCUUUGGAUGAAUUUUUCUCGUAAUUAAUAAAUUUAAUUGUUUACACCCUCGCAAAUACAGAAACGCGGACAGUA